AUGGAGUUGCUUUGGCUCUUCCUCAUUUCGGCGAUUCCCGUCGCUCGCUCGCAUUUGACUUCCAACAACUUUCCCGGGUACGGGUUUUCCUGGUACAGCCCUAAUUGCGGUUUCUCUUGCUACAAUGCUGUGUCGUCUGCCAGCCUCGAAUGUCCUGCGACCGACUCUUCUGAUGGCCACGACAUGGGCAUGGACAUGGACAUGGCUGCCGGAGCGCCGACACCAAGUUGCCAAGCACAGAGUCUACCCUUCUUGGAGACCAUAGCUUACUGUAUGAGCACAAGAUGUGGCGCAGACACUCCAGUCUGGAAAAGAGAAGAAUUCUGGGCGACGAAACUCAUCACCGACAUUGUGCCGAAGUGGACCUACUCAGAGUCGCUCGCAGAGCUCGGGAACUCGACGCCUACUAUGGUGUACAAUGCAAGCUCGACCGAGGUCAUGACCAUGCCCAUGGUGAUCAGCGACGCCAGCUAUGAUAUCCAGUUCAACUUCAACCGGCUUUUCGACCACAUUGAAGCGCUGCAAGCUCGAUAUGUUAUUGUCAUUGUCGUCCUGGGCUUCAGCAUUCCAAUCCUGUGCACACUCAUUCGCAAGCUGCCGUUCGCGACUGGCUUACUCGACAAGCUCAGACCCUAUCUUGUGUAUCCGUCUACAAUCGGCUCGUACCAAGUACGUCCACUGCCUUGGCUCAUCGGUAACGCACCGACUGUCGGGCAAGCCGCGUACAUAUUCUUCUUCUUUGCUCUCAACGUCAUUUUGAGCUCGGUGAACUAUGGUAGUUCGCAGCCGCAUCCAUGGGGCUUCUCGAAGAAAUCGGAGAUGCUCUCUUACAUUGGCUAUCGCACUGGACACAUUGGAUAUGGUCUCCUGCCCCUUGUCAUUCUCUUCUCGAGCCGCAACAACUUCUUGCUCUGGAUCACCAAUUGGUCUUACGGCACGUACCUCUUGCUGCACCGCUGGAUCGCUCGCAUCUUCGCCGUCCAAGCCAUCGUGCACAGUAUCGCACUGUUACUGUGUUACCAAGGAUCAGGCAGCUAUCCAGUCGAGUCCGUCAAGCCGUAUUGGUUGUGGGGUAUCGUCGCCACUGUAUUGACAUGCGCUAUGCUGGUUUUGAGCGUUCUCUAUUUCCGCCGCCUCGCCUACGAGGUCUUCCUUAUCCUUCAUAUAAUACUUGCUGUCUUCGUCAUCGUGGGUUGCUGGUACCAUGUCAUCCUAAAGUGGGGCUACAACUUCUACGACAACUGGCUCUACGCUGCCAUCGCAGUAUGGUUCUUUGAUCGUCUUGUCCGCGUGCUACGCGUGCUGAAGAAUGGCAUGCAGUACGCCGAUGUCACCGAAGUGGGAGACAAUUACGUCCGAGUUGAUCUUCCUGGUGUGCGAUGGGCGGCGAAGCCAGGCUAUGUUGGCUACGUUGGAUUUCCAACGCUGCACCCGCUGCGACCGUGGGAGAACCACCCUUUCUCUAUCAACUCAUCUGUCUUGUUCCGAAGCUACAGGCAUGCCCCAGCACUGGCGUCUUCGAGUGAUUCCACAUCGGACGGCAGUCACGCCGAAGGAAAAUCUCCUGAUGAUAAAGCGCAGGUGACUCGUGUUACGCGCAACGUCAGAGAUCCAGCAAGCACGACGGGGGUGUCUUUUAUCAUCAAGAAGAGGACUGGCAUAACGAAGAUGUUGAACAAGAACGCUCGGCUGCUUACAAUCCUAGACGGACCGUAUCCACAUUCAGCCAGCACCGAGGCUCUGGAGGCUGAUCAUUUGUUGUUGCUUGGAGGUGGUAUCGGUAUCACUGGUCUGCUGGGCUGGCUUUCUAUUCAUCCAAACGUCAAGUUGGCGUGGAGCGUCAAAGCGUCAGAUCAAGCUCUAGUUGAUGAGAUGGGCACGGCCAUCGCAAACGUCGCCGACAAGCAGGUUUUCGUCGGACAGCGCUUCGCUAUUAGGAACCUGCUCCAAAAGGAGAUUGAUUUUGGCUACAAGAAGGUUGGUGUUGUCGUAUGCGGUCCUGCGGAUAUGUGCGAUGAGGUGCGAGCUUUGGUAGCAGGUCUGGGGAGAGGCAGCAAGACUGUGUUUGAUUUGCAUGUGGAUGCUUUUUCCUGGUAG